AUGGUGCCUUCGGCAUCCAUAACCGUGGCAUUGUUGGGGUUGGUCUUCUUGGCCGCUUUCUUCCUCUCUACUUCCACAUUGCCCAACCAAUUGGUACAGCUCCGCAGACCCCUCCAAUGGGGAGUGCUCUGCUCCGUCCCUCUCAGGGGCAUUCAGCAGACCCUUGUUGCCUUCUUGUCCGAAACACACCAGUUAGGCCUCAUACAAACUCUUCUUGCUGUUCCUGUUGUUGUUAUCACGCUUUUAUUAGGUACCCUUCUUAGGAUCCGUGAAGCUUCUCUCAGCUUCUAUCUAAGGGAACCAAGGCCUGAGAACCAGCCCGGUAGUCGGUUUUCCAAUUUGCUUGGUUUGCUUUUCACUUUUUGGAUUUUCAUCAUUGCUUAUGAGCGCCUUGGUGGUUCUGGGGCUUCUCUCCUUCUGGGGUUGGGCUUUUAUUUCACCUCAAACCAUAUUGUUUCCACUUUGUCUUCUUUCACUAGCAGGAGGAGCAGUGAAAUCAGUGUUUCUUUCACCGGAGGGACAUUAGAGAGGUUGAGAAUUAUUGUGGCUGUUACGCUGAUUGUUGGGUUUUUGACUGGGUUGAUUUUCUUCUCUUAUAAGAUUGGAGUUGAAGGGAAAGAUGCAGCGAUUUAUCUGAAAAUACAUACGAAAGAGAGCAAUUAUGCUGUCAAGAAGUGGUUGGAUGAGAAUAAUGUUGCUGAGAUGGUGGUAAGUCACACUACAAAGUCAUAUGAGACAUUCUCUGAUUUGGCUGCACACUAUAAUUAUAAUAUGACUGAAUUUGUGACUGCCUAUGAGCAUUUUGAGAUCACACGUGGGGAUUUUGUUCAGACAGCCCAAGAAUUAGCCAUUAAAGCAUUUCUAUCUCAGUGGCUUUCUGCUAGAAAUAGAGAUGUGGUUGGAAGCAGCGCCGAGUUUAUGAUCUAUUUUGCAAAUUUCAUAAUCUCCAGAGCUGCACAGGUUUACAAUUAUGUAUCUCAGGUAAUGCUAUUCAUUUCGAUUUUGUACUAUCUCAUCAUAUUUGAGUCUGGUGGGCGGCUAAUAGCACAAGUGAUGGGCAUGCUUCCAAUUUCUGACCACACAAGGGAGAGAUGCGAAGAAAUUUUGAAUAGAGCUAUUUCAGUUUUUUUGGCCAUGAUCAAGAUUGCAUUUUCUCAGGGAUGUCUUACUUGGCUUCUAUUUAGGUUGUUCAAAAUACAUUUCUUGUACAUGUCAACUGUCUUUGCCUUCAUCAGUCCUCUGAUACCAAUAUUUCCAUCUUGGCUUCUAACAAUCCAAGCAGCUAUGCAACUAGCGCUGGAAGGCGGAUACUUAGUUGCCGUUGUCUUGUCUGUUGUUCACCUUUUCCUCAUGAAUUUUGUAGCGUCAGAAAUUACGAAAGAUGUGCCUGAGAAUUUUGCACAUCUUACAGCUGGGCUGAGCAUCAUUGGGGGAGUGACGCUGUUCCCAUCUAAUCUAGAGGGUGCUAUCAUGGGCCUCCUGACAACUGCUGUUGUGAUUGCUCUGAAGGAUUUGUAUGUUGCAUUUAUUUUGGGAAGAAACCAAGGACAGCGUGUUACAGACUGA